GUAUAUCAACCGUGCCGAAAUAACGUCUUCUAUCUACUGUUUUGCGACACUGCCUAUUGCCUGGGAGGCAGAACGCAUACUGAUUUGGUUGAAACAAGAUCCGAGCAUCGCAGAGCUUUCGGGCCAAUAUGUUCGUGGAGCCUGCAUCGGAGCAUGGCCGUUGUGCAUGUUCA